AUGCACUACAUACGGCUUCCGGGACCCCCAAAGCUGAUGGUUGGGCGCGAUGGCAUAAGAGCCGAGCUCGUGUUCGCAAUCUGCACCGACCUGGGUGAUAAGUUCCUCUGGCCGACUGAUCCCGUCACCCUCGGCGUCAAAGCUCACAUCGAGCCGUCAUCAAUCUGGGACGCAGAAAAGUCGUGCUCGCUAUCUACGGUUCAAUGGAGCCCUGGAAAGCGGAUUGUCAAGCAAAGUUUUAUGCUUCCGCGCAUGGUUGAGAAUGCUUUCAAAGGGGGAAAGACCGUCUCGGUCUCCAUCAGCCCCGAUGACCCAACGCUUUGCGCUGACGGGGUCCGCAACAUUAUCAGAUCUUCAGUCAGCACUCGCAGCGGUGACGGCAGUGCCAAGCAUGGGUUAAUAUUGCCCGUCUGGGUAGGGUUGAGCGGUCCCAGUGUCGACGGCGAUGCUUGUCUUCGCCGCAUUCUCCUGGCUGGUCCGUCAGCGCGACCCCGAUACCUGGAGAUUGGGGAAGAGAUUGGGGAGAGCAUCGCUCGCCACAUUUGGGACGCUGGCCUCGUCUCGCUCUGCGCCAUCGCAGGCGCAUUCGAGUUUCCCGAACUCGAGACCAGCCAGAGCAGCUGCAUGACGAGGCUGCUGGGAAUUUUGAACAAGCAAGAUGGCGUCAACGUCCUCGAGCUUGGCUGUGGUGUCGGAAUCCUAGGAAUAGGGCUCAGUGCCGUUUAUCCAAGGGGGGUCAGAGAAUGCACGAUCCUCAUGACGGAUCUUGGCGAGGCGGAGGCCAGGGCACGGUCCAACGUGGGUCUCUUGCGACAGCAGCGUUUUGGAUCCGACCGGGGCUACGCCCAAGUCUUGUACGAGAAUCUUGACUGGGAGAGUGGGCAGCAGGGCCGGUUUGGCAGCAGGGUGCAAGACCGCCGCUGGGACCUCAUUAUGCUUAGCGAUUGCACUUACAACGCCGACAGUAUACCAGCCCUCGUGGGCACCUUGUCGGCCUUGCACCGUCUGAACCUGGAGUUCCCGGCGGCUGAGAGCGAGGAGCCCUUUUCGACCAAAGUCUUUGUCGCGACCAAACCCCGCCAUGAUGACGAGCUGGUUCUCUUCGGUAUGAUGGCGGAUGAGCGCUGGACCAUGCUCGACAAACUGACUCUCCCGCUUCCCGUCCUCGACACUGAGCCGGAGCGAGUCGAAAUGUACCUUUUCGAAAAAGUUUAA